UCAAAGAAAAAUCAGCCUUUUUCUUGUCAUGCUGUUACUGUGUGACACAUGCAGCUCAUGGGUUUAUUCAAGUAUUCAAGUGCAGCAAGUUAAUUAACACGUGAGAACAGGAGAGAAGGAUUAUGGGUGGGAGUUGGCAGAGGGAUGUCCAGCCAUCUAGUUGCCUUCACAGUAAAGCUCAGUUUAUACUCGCCGUAGUGAAGGCUUGUGAGGCAUGUAGGCUCCGCAAGUGGUUGUGGUGCGCACGAUCACGUGACUGUCUCAAAUAGUUCACUGGUAAAAACACUUACAUGUUAUGUGAUUAUACAAAACAGGCCAAUACGUUUUGAGAUGCUUUAGAAACAGGAGGAGCCAAAUCAAAUUGUUACAGGAUAUUCAACCUUCUUCUCGUUCUAAUACUACUUGACUUGUUUAUUUACAGAUAAUUACAAUCCCUCCUCGGCAUUGUGGAGGUGGAUUUAUGGCUUUUGGUCGGUUACACCAACAGUCUAUGGGCAUAUCUAUGGGUUACACUCGUUGUCUUUUUGAUUCCUCACUGUUCAUUUUGUUUGUACGUAUUGCAGCGCAUAGAGUAUAAAUGCUUCCGUUCAUGCUCGGAGCUCACGCGCCGUCUGCGGAGGCUCGCGCUACAGCACCAAGCGCGAGUGUAAACAAAUCUUAACCAUCUAAUCCAACAGAUCUUGACAGGGGAAGGGGGGAUUAAAAAUCAGGUUGUUGCUGAUCUGUUAAUGGCUAUUUGGGUCACAGGGUCUGUAGAGCAGAGAAAAUAGGUGCCAUUGGUAUCAGCUGUAUUUGGUCCGUCUUGUGCCGUUCUCUCGAGUUUCUCUCCCAACCAUUCGUCUGCGGCCAUGACUAAAUCACAGUCGCGGCAGCUCCACAUUAAUCAGAAUAUACACUAGGCUGCAGUAAGGGAGGCAGUAGAGCUGCAAUGUCAGUUGAUAACGCAUUACACCGGUGGGAGUUGGACAGUACUGUAUGUAUGACUGAUUUAUGAGACACAAGUAAGAAGUGCUAAUAAACAGCCUAUUACUACAGCUUUGUUACUGUUGAUGUGCGGAGCAGUGUUCUUGGAUUUUGAGGUCUGGUUUUUCUGACCUUCUGAGUCGGAUAUCUGACUUCAGGCUUUGUUUCAGUUGAAAUUUCCGAUUGGUUACUCUGAAACUCUGACUUAACAGUUCAAAUGCAAUGCAGCAUUAGGCUUCAUAUCUCAUGUGAUGGGGGACAGGGACAUAACAUGAACGAGAUUUAAAAGUAUGCACACAGAAAACUUGCAUAUAGUUAAAUAAUACCUUAAGAAAUCUUAUGCAAAAUACAUUAUAUAGAGCCAAUAUCGGUGUUUAAAAAGCUGUCAAUGCAAGUUACGCUUCGCUAAAUGCAACAAAAAUGGACUUGAAGCAUAAAAAAACGUGUGAGAAGCUCACUCUCUCGCUCAACCAAACAAUUGCUACGAGACGAGCAACUGAAAACAGUUUUUGAACACAGCUUGGAACACACACUGUAUGCACUCCUGUCACUUUCACCUGAAAAACAUUGCAGUGAUGACGGCCAUGAACUUUAACCCCACCUCUUUUGCAGAGCAACGGGAUGUUACACGGCUAUACCAGAACAACAAGUUAUGUCCAUGGGAUUGCUGGUCAUGUGUGCUUGGGCUCAAUAAGCUGAUUAGAAUUCCCUACUUUCCCCCCAAGGGUGCUUUGAUGGUAGUUAUAAGAAGGAAGGAUUGUUGCACAUUUACUUGCAAAUCAAAUGGAGUCCUACAGUUCAUUGUGUCUUGUGUGUUUCAGAAGAGGUGCUGGUUAAAGAAAACCAAAGUUCUGUUUCUUUGCCCAGCGCGAUGACCCCAUCCUCAGCUGUUGAUAUGUCCUUUAGCACGGAGAUGCCCCGGAAGCGCAAGGGCUGCAUGGACAACCAGGAUACAAAAUCUGUUUCUAUGGAUAUGGAAGAUGAGCAAAACGGGUCAGAUGGAGAGGACCGACAUGGCAAAAUGAAAUGCUUCAGAGAGCCGCAUAGCCAAAUUGAGAAAAGGAGACGGGACAAAAUGAACAAUCUCAUUGACAAACUGUCAGCCAUGAUCCCUUCUUGUAACCCCAUGUCCCGUAAACUGGACAAACUCACUGUGCUCAGAAUGGCAGUGCAGCACUUCAAAUCUCUCAAAGGUUCAACAAGUUCUUUUUCUGAAGCCAGCUACAAGCCUUCAUUCCUCCCCGACGAGGAGCUCAAACACCUGGUCCUCAAGGUAAACACCAUCAGGCUUUAAUGUCAUGCUAGCGACAACACCCCUGCUUUACUGUGGGUUCUGUUCAUCUGAUACCAAAAAGUAUAUAACAUGCAUUACAUUUUUAAUUUGAAUCACUGUGUAGACUUUGUCUUUAUAAUUGAUGCGCUGAUUUUUCAUGAUAAGAAUUUUAA